ACUCCUAUCGACGAUCUCGACUGCGUUACAACUGCAUGGCCCGCUGCGAUUAGAAAGUAUCUGCCUCUCGCCGUCGACUCUUCGGUGUCGCUGCCGAUUUUCCGACGUUUCGUCCUUUUCUCCGUUCCGUUGCCGCAACGCCACAUAGAUAUCAUACACACGUUGCGCUACAUACUUUAACCUUUUAUUCGUUUCUGUUUGUCGGCUCGUUCUUAGUCUUGCUGAUGCUGUGACAAUUUAGAUUGUUUCGUUUUUCGGUGAUUACAUUUAUUUUUUUACACGUUGGGGUUAAUGUGGGGGAUCUUCUGUUCGCCGCACGUGAUUGAUUUCUUAUUCGAGACUCACAAGUAUCUUCAUUUCGUGUCCUAUCCGUACAUUGAAUACAAUUUCCAGAAGAAGACGUCGUUGAAAAUCGUUGAAAAGAUUUCACUUCUUUGGAACAGUAAACAACAAAUAUAGAUAACUUAAUAACAAUCUUUAGUGUUUAUUCAGUGAACUGUUAUGUUUUAAAAAUAGAUAAGAAUCAUAUACGAGCAUCAUGGAAACGGAAGAACUCAUUAAACUUGUGGAUGGGAUCUACAAGAAUAUUCUGGAUAAAUUCAAUCCAGGAGCGCGUCAGAUGAUUAACGCUGGAAAGGCCUAUCUAAAAGCCUUACAUGGAGCCGCCGCUGCUUCUAGGAUGUACGUAGACGCAAUCAGUAAACUGGCUCGACAAGCUCAACAAGGGACAUGGGGAGGUUCAUCUGACAUCGGUGUGGCACUCUUCAAAAUUGUGGAAGUUUAUAAAGAAAUUCAAGACAGGCAAAUGAAUAUUUUGAAAGCUUUCUACGUGGAUCUACUGGUGCCUUUAGAAACAAAUUUAGAAAAAGAUACGAAAGUGGUGCAGUGCGAACAAAAGAGAUUUCUGCAACAACACAAACAGCGAUCCGAAACGUACAGCAAAGCUGCAGCUCUAAUGAAAAAACAAAGGAAAAAGUCCAGAGGGUCCAGUAAAACAGGACUGGCAAUGGAUAAGGAACUUAAGAAUAUGCAAAUUUUGGAAGAAGAAAAAACUAAGUUGGAUGCUUUCUGCGAACAAAGUUUGAAAAAUGCGAUGACACAAGAAAGAAGAAGAUACGGAUUCGUUCUGGAAAGGCAGUGCUCUCUAUCGAAACAUUAUCUCUCUUAUUACACACACGGCGUCGAAGCUUAUCAAGAAAACAUCGAAAAAUGGUCUGACGUCGCAAAAACUAGGGAAUAUCUACCCGAAUCUGUGGAAAAUAUAUUUACCAACAAACUCAAACAAAUAUCCAUAUGGCAAAACGAGGACCUCUACUCUAACCCGAGAAGCCCGAAUCUUGAAGAUGACAGAUUAAGUGUCAAUUCCCAACUAAGAAAAACAAGAAGUAUGGACGCAUCUUGCCUAGAUAUACGAUCAAUUGAAGAGAUCGUGUCUCCCAAUAGCACUUUGAACAGAGCUAAAUCAGAAUACAACUUGAAUUCGUCAAUUCACACCAAUACUCAAGGAAGUAAUACUCCCACUCGUCAACCAACUAGAUCCAUGGCGGUACCACCACCACCUACUUGGGACUGUCAAUUGGCCCGCGCCCUUUACGCUUAUCUCUCCAGCGGAGAGAAUCAACUGAGUUUUCAUGAAGGAGAUUUGCUGGCUCUUAUAGGGGAAAGAAAUAAAGGUUGGCAGUUCGGGGAAAAUUUAAGAACGCAAUGUAGUGGAUGGUUUCCGCUGGCUUAUACAGAAAUUUUGGACGAUCCUCCGACUUCCCCUAGCCGCCGAAGUGUUGCAAGUGGAUCGCAUACCAACAACGUCUCUACCCCAACGAUAGGUAACAAUUAUAUGUCUUCAAUCGAAACAGGAACUCCCUCUGGUAAUCCUCCCAUAGAAACACCUGGCACACGUAUGUUUGGAGAUACAUUAAAUUUGCACAGAUCAUCCAAUACCGCUAAGCAGAUUCGCCGAGCUAUAGGUUCUAAUAUUGUACCUCCGCCAAGUUUACCAGCACCAGUUCCCGUACCGUCACUGCCAGAAUCGAAAAUCGUUGCCGCCCAAUCACAAAAUGUAUCAUUAGGUAUGAAAUCAUCAUCGUCAUCUUAUAACUUCUCAACUACACCCAACGCUACUGCUUACUCCACGCAUCCAGCACCAUCCAGAUCCGACAAACCUUCAGCCGGAAUACCGCUGCCUUUUCAUUUACAGUCCAAGGGAGGAAAAAUCGGAGGUCCGAUUGGAAAUGCUUCACUUCAUAGUAGCAACGAUUCAGGUUUUUCUAAUGAUCCUCCACCUCAACCGGAAAUUGAUUAUUCCGACGAUGAUUCCAAUCAUGGGCAAACAAAAGUGUCAAGCCGAAGAAAAAUACUGAAAAACAUCGAUGAUGAAGAUAGAAAAAUUACACGCAAGCCUCCACCACCUCCAACCAAAAAUACGGAAACUCCGCAGGUGCCUAAGAAAAGAAACCCAAUUCAACAAUCGAGAAGUUAUGGUAAUCUAACAGAUAGUCAUUUUUUAUCUGAUUCGCCUGAUAUUUCCAAAAAGAAAAACAAAUUAGUGAAAAGAACGAAAUCCUUCUGGAAAUUUGGUAAAAGCGCUUCUGACAAUGAAAUAUUAGAAGGAAUGGCAUUAUGGAAACACAAAGACUUAGUCGAUAUAGAAUCAAACGCAUCCGAGCCAGAAGACGAUGGGAGGAAUAUUGGUCGAAGAAGAAAACCAAGUUUAGCAAAAUCAGAAGAUUCAGAUACCACGAUAAACAAUAAUAACAAAAUCGAAGUAAUUCCCAACAAAAAUGGUAACAGAAAUAAAGAAGAAAUGAAACGUAGUAAAAGCUUUAAGAAAAAAGAAGAAUCGAUCAAGAAAGUACCUUCUAAUAACAACGAAUCUAUGUACAAGAAACCGAACAAAUCUUACAAUUUCGAAGAUCAAUUUUAUGAUGAUGAUGGUGACGGUCUUAUGUUGAAGACUUUAAACAGAAAAAACAUUCUCCAACAGUAUAACACUUCAUCUGGCACAGAUUCUGAAUCAGAAUCUGGUAUGACCAGCGAUGAUCCUUACGAUUCAAUCUUAGUUGAUGACCAAAAACUUCGUAAAAACGAAAACCAAUUCCCCAACGUAGUCGAACUAGGUAAAAAGCUAGAAAAACUAUCACAAAAGAGUAAAUAUUUACCAGAAAAAGAAGAUAAAACUAGACAAGAUAAAAAUGAAAUUAUGAAAUUGGAAAGAAGACAUGAUGAUAUUGUCCAGCUAAGAGAGAACAGUUUCAAAACGUUCGGAAUAGAAGUACAAAAUAGAGAAAACGGUGAAAAAGAAACCGUAGACGAUGAUAAAUAUUACGAAGAAGAACAUCCGAAACGUAAACAAGAAGCGACUAGGCGAAGUCGUCCGAGCUACGAAUCCAUACAAUCUGAAGUUAAAACAAGAAGUAGCAGUAAACGAAAAAGUGGGAAACAAAGAGACGCUGAUAAUAACGAAAGGCAUAAUAAUUCUUAUUACGACUCUACCAAUGACGAAUUUUCAGACACAGUGGAACCCCGAUCGAUAUUACCUAGAUCCAAACUUACUAAAACGAACAGUAAUAAUUCUUCUCAUAGUAAGUACGAUCAGGAUAACAAUUUAAUGGAUUACGGGGAAACGUUACAGAAAAGGCUUAAGAAUCCAGAAUAUAAUUCUCGAUUCGACGAAAGAUCACCUCAUAAUGGAAAUAUGUAUGGACCUUGGUACGAUUUGUGGGGACUCGAUUCUACUGGGACUGCCAGGAAAAAAUAGUAGUACAAAUAAGCAUCUAUUUUUUUAUUAUUAUUUUGGCUGUAGUAGUUGUACAGUAAAAAUUGUUUUGCUCAAUUUAAUAUUUAAGUUGCCUUUUGCAAAAACGUGUUACCUGUAAUAAAUUUUACAGAAAAAAAUUACUUUUACUGAAUUUUUAAAUGGAAUAUUGUUGUAAAGAAAUAAUUAAUUAUUACAAUGAGUCUAAGUAAAUUUGGCUCAACUCCCCAAAACAUGAUAUUUACAAGGCAAAUUGAAAUUUAAUUUUUGCUUUAAUAUUUUUUUUAACUACUUACCUUCAAAUAACACAACCAACGACACCUUACUGUACCUAUUCAAUAUUUUUAUUAAAAAUACAAAUAAAUAAAUUAUAAUAUGAAGAAGUUUGUUUUUGUAACAACCAAAACCGAAUUUCAAUUUUAAAGAAAAUCUCAGUAGAAUAAGUAAUCAAAAAAAAUUAAUUUAUAUGUUAAUUUCUUUUACUUACAAAGAACAAUCGCAAUAGAUCUCCAAAUACAUAAAAUGAAGUACAAAGAGGUUUUAAAAGAAAUAUUUUUCCUUUUGUGUAUAGAGGAAUUUGAUUACCCAAUUAAUCAUAUUGUCUUUGAUAACGUUAAUCAAUUUAUCACAUUUUGGCGAAGGAGUUCUGGGACUAAUACUAACUUCAACAAUUCAAAACAGAAUCGUUUUUUCAAAAGAUUUAGACUUCACAAUCUUCAUUAUUCAAAUAAUAUUUUAAUCUCUGAAACUCGAUUCGCUUAGGCCAUAAGUGCAGUUUGUAGGGAAGGACGUCGGCUCUACUUUCCAAAAAGUAAAGAUCUCUUGGUUUUUUCGAGUACCCUUCUUAAAACCAUCUUGAAACCCCCUAUCACUGCUAAAGAUGUUUUUCAUACUUUGAAACACACAUAUUUUUAACUCUUUCGUAGUUUUCUUUAGGCAUGACAGAAUGUAAAAGAUUGAAUUUAUUUCUGAUAUUAUGUAGUUUUUAAACUUUUUGUAUAGCCAUCCCUUUUAAUACCGCCUCUUGCGUGUCAAAACCGUUGCUCCUCAAACUGUAUGCCAAAAUUUUAUAAUAUUUGUUGUUCAUCGUAAAAUGUACAAAAACAAAUUUGCUCUUAAUAAAGCCUCUGAUUACUUUUAGUUGUAGACAAUCAGAAAAUAUUCAUCUAUUAACAAACGUAGAAUUUUACUUUACAAAUAAAAUUUUAAUUAGCUUUGAAAUUAAGUCACAAACAACAUGUUUUGUGGAGUAUGCCAACUUCGCUGUAACAGGGCUCGUGAUUCAAUCGUUUAUUAUAUCGUACUAGACGUUUGUUGGGAAUACUGGCUUUCACUGUUUACGAGUAGGUAUAAUGGCCGAUUGAUAAACGUAACUUUCCGUUUGCCGUUGCCGUUUGCUAUUACAAAAUUAAAUACAUAAGACCAUUCAUAGUUGCCGUUUUCCGAUUGGUCUGCCGUUGGUGACUUUUAACAUAAACGAAACUUUUCCCGUCGUCCGUUCGUAACAACUUUCGUAGCAAUAGAAAAGAGCCAAUAGUACACACGUCAAAUUUUUAGGUUAACGGCAGCAACGUCAAGUUUAUGAAUAGGGUGUAGAAUUGUCUACGAACGUCAAACGCAACGGCAAACGUAAAGUCAAGUUUAUGAAUCGGCCUUUACCCUUGAGGGGUGACGGUUGUUCAAACGCUACAAAACUAUUUUGUAGCGAAUGUGAUUUCGUUGGUAGAUAGCAUAAUUUUUUAGAAAUUCUGUUGUUUAAACAUAUAUAACAUUGUUAAAAUAGGUACGUGUGAUUCCACUAUUAGCUAUGACAAUUAUAUGGAAAAUUUAUUGUAAUUAACAAAUUGUCAUUGAUAUUUUACAGGUCUAACAAUUUUGCUACUAUAAAGCUACGCAAAACUAAUCCCAGUACGGAAAGGGCAGUAUCUUUAAUAUUAGAAUAGUAAAUAGUUUUAAAUUUCAAUAAAAAGAACUUUACUAAACAAUUGUACUUUCUUUAUACUUAGAAUAUCACUAAAGUAUUUGCAAGUACAACCCGUCCUCACAAAAAUUGUUGUGUAUCGACUUCUUAUUACACAUGAAUUGUUUUCAAAAAUUAUACAGAAUCUUGUCAAAAUAAUGAAAAAUCAAAUAUAGAUCUUUAUUGCGAUUAAAUAUUAAACACACUCCGUGAAAAAAUUAUCGCAUCACUAAGAUUUAUGAUCAUUGCAAUACGACAGAAUGGAUUGCAAUGCCCGGGAUGUUCACGUAUUUAUCACGCGCUGAUCAUGGUUUUGGUUUACAUUGAUAAAUAGAUUUUAGUUUACUAUUUAUUGUAUUUACAUUUUCAGACAAAAAAUUAUAUAAAAUUAAUGUAUACAUGUUAGUUAUAGGAACUCAGAAAUCGAUAAUACAGUACAAAAUAAUUCUUUUAAAACUAAAUACAUUAAAUUUAGUACCAUGUGUUGCCUCCUCCAACUCUAAUCGCCCAAAACAACUUCUAGUUAAGUGAUUUUUGCCCUGAACCUACCACUGAAGAUCUUUUAAUUAUUUAUAUAUUAUCACAAUAUUACUUAUAGUUAUACUUUUUGAUCAAUAAUAAAACAUCUAAUUUCUUAAAAUUGACGGAAAGGUUUCAGAAUAAAAACCAGGCGCCUGUGACACGUUAGGAGACCAGUACCUACUAAACCUUACGUAAUCAUUACAUGGCACUGAAAUCUGUUACUAUAUGAGCACGUAUCGAGCAAUUAAAUCGAGAUAUUGUGGGACACAUCCUUUAGUGCGGGACUUUUUACGGACAAUUUACAAAGAGGGAGGUACAUAGAAAAUCCGAGACUGCCUUACUUAAUCCGGGGCCGUUGGUAACAUUACAGC